AUGCAUCAUGUUUUACCUGGUAAGUUAAUCGUUUAUCUCAAUUAUUUUCAUGUUUUUUGUUGUAGUUCAUCGGCAGUAGACGUUUCGAAAAAUUCAAGUCAUACUCUUCCAUGUCAAUCACGUCAUAUCUAUUGUCUUAAAUGUCUUCAAAAGUCGAUGAAUGAAUAUAUUCAAUCCAACACUGCUCCUGUAUGUCAUUCGACUCUCUGUGAUUAUGAACUUUCUCGAUAUGAUGUAGCAUGCUUACCACUUGAAGCAGAUAUGAUUAAACGUUUACUAACUUGUGUCAAAAGUACUCAACGUGCUAAAUGUCCUUUAUGUUCCUUCUAUGUUGAUUUUAAUAUUAUGGACGAUCUUCAAAAACAUGCAGCUACAUGUAACUCUGAAAAUUUCAUUCCUUGUGAAUAUUGUCACUGUCCAUAUAAUAUUUAUCAAUUGGAUGACCAUUCACGACAAUGUCGAAUAGUUCCUUCCUCUCAACAACAACAAGCAUUAAUCGAUUUCAUCUUACCUCGAACUAAAUAUCCACUAACAGCACAACAGAUUCGUGUUUUUAUUGAACAUAGAAAGAAGACUCGUUUGCCACUUGACCCACAUUCAAUUAUUGAAACACUGGCUGAGUUCGAUAGUGCCUUUCCGCUUGAGGUUCCGACUCGUGUCUGCGACAUAUGUAUGGAUACAUGUGUCUAUGAUGAUAUUUUUGUUUUCGGUUGCGAGGAACAUCAUAAACUAUGCUAUGGAUGCUUUGAAACUUCAUGUACUACAAAGAUGAACAGUAAUGAAAUACUUACAUGUGGAAUGUGUGCUUAUGAACUACAAGAAGGAGAAAUCAAACAAUUGCGAGUAUCAGCUGAUCAAAAGAAACAAUAUUUGGAUUAUCAAAUUCAGAAAACAUUCAAUGCUUAUGCUGGCAGUACCCGAGGAGUAAUUAAAUGUCCAAACCAAGCAUGCAAGUGGGUAGCUGAGGCGCAGAAUCCUAACGACCGAUUUCAGGUGCAAUGCCCAUUGUGUGGCUAUGAGUUUUGCUCACUUUGUAAUCAGCAAUAUCAUUUUCGAACAACAUGUCAACAAAUUCCAGAAAUUACACAACGUUGGUUCUUUUGGUGUAAUACAGAGCGUGGUAACUAUUGGCAAGCUCGAGCACAACAAGAUGCUAGCUUUCGGGAACAAUUGGAAGAUUUUGAACGGCAGAGAGCUGCUAAUAUUCAACGAAAUCAAGAACUGGCUCAACGUUACAAUGAACUAUUGGCUGAUGAAAACUUUAAAGCUCAAAACUGUCGUCUUUGUCCACAUUGUCAGCGAGUUGUACAACGUCUCUCAGGAUGUGAUUCAAUGGUAUGUGGUCAAAAUUAUCAUGGCGGCGACCAACAGUCUGGAUGUGGCCAACGUUUUCAAUGGCCACAGGCUCACCCUUAUGUACCCAUCACCAAUACAGGUCCACAGCAAGUGGCAAAUAAUCUAGCUGCUCCUGAACAACAAAAACUUAUAGUGCAUCAAGGCGUUCAAUGUGAUACUUGUCACAAUGAAGUUCAAGGUAUUCGAUUCGACUGUGUUCAUUGUGCUUCGUUAAUAUUCUGCGAAAAAUGUGAACAACGUUCUACUCUAGAACAUUCAAAUGCGAUACGUGAUCAACAAAAACAACAACAUGUUUUUCAACUGAUAUCACAACCAUUAAACUAA